CUUUUGGCAGACUGGUUUUACAGCAGACUCGUAACCAUCUUUUAUUACUGCGGCGACGUCAGGACAUCAACGCCAUGUCUCUAAAAGUUUGGAAGUACGUACUCAUCAUUCUCAUCUUGCUCGGAAUCAUCUUCCUGCUCCACAAGUUUACCAUUGGGAAGAACUGGAAGACUAAUGUAGUGUCACCACCGUACGACGACCGGAAAUGGAAUUGGUCAUCGAAUCUCUCUGAAAGCCUCCCAACAUUUCACCACUAUCGCACCUUCUGUCCCCAUCUGGGCAAGCCUUCAUCACCUGAGGAAGAGCUGGAGGAACGUAGCCUGUUGAACUCUAUCACCUGGCCCCAACUGCCCUCUGGGUUAGCACUCAACUUCCUUCAGACGAGUGACCCGGCCCACAGCCUGUUUACAAUCGUAACCUCCAAAAUCAAGCCGAGUUGGUACGUGGGCGACCAGCUAGAAGUGCGGGUCCAACUGCGCGACUUCAAGGGCCGACCCAAGCGCUAUGGCGGCGAUUUGCUGUUGGCCAAGUUGCAUUCCCCAAAGUACAGGGCAGGUGUGGCUGGGCAAGUGUUGGACCAUAAGAACGGACUUUAUUCCGUUCUAUUCCCGCUGCUCUGGGAGGGCUCGGCUAAGGUUAACAUCAUGAUGGUACACUCAAGCGAGGCCAUCGCUGUGUUAUGGCGGCUGAGGGAGAACCGGCCCGAUCGGGUGUACUUCUCCAGUUUCUUUCGCCGAGGCAAUCAUUCUGAGAAGAUGAUGUGCAACAUGUGCCUGCCGCCAGACAAGGGGCCAUUGUGCAACUAUACGGACCUUCACACUGGUGAACCUUGGUUUUGCUACAAGCCCACAAUGCUCAGCUGUGAGACCAGAAUCAACCACCUCACGGGAGCCUACACCCAAGGCCUCAUUACCAAAAAGGAAGCUUUACUCUUUCAGAGUGGCAAGAAUGUGAAAGUUACCAUCCAGGCGUCCAAAACUGACACUAUCAACGUGCUCCCUCCUAAGAAAGAAAACGUCAGUCAAAAACCGGAUCCCGUGAAGCUGGCGACAUCUGGGUACUACUAUCAGGGCUUGUGGAGGCCAUUGGGCGCUUUUUCCAUGCAUCAGUUUCACAACGCAUCUGCCAUUACUCAGUGUUUGACUAACAAGUUGGUCUACAUGUAUGGUGACUCCACUCUGUGGCAGUGGUUCGAUUAUCUUGUCAGUGUCCUUCCAAUUAAGUGAUUUCACUUGAAGAGAGUCAACCUGGAGAAUCAAAAAACAUCAGGGCCCUCCAUGGCAGUGGACAGCACCCACAACAUUCUGGUCCAGUACCGCUUCCAUGGCACACCCGUUCGAACCCCGCCAGUCUUGAUCAGCGAUUUGCACUACAUUGCGAACGAGUUGGAUGGUGUGACUGGUGGUCACAACACAGUGGUGACAAUUGGCAUCUGGGCUCACUUUUCCACCUUCCCCGUGGAGGUGUAUAUAAACCGCCUUAGGCAUAUCCGUAAAGCGGUGGUACGACUCCUAGACCGGGCGCCGAAGACGCUGGUGGUGGUCCGCACCGCCAACCCUCAGGCUCUAGAGCAGAAAAUCAGCUUGUACAAAAGUGACUGGUUGACACUCCAGCAGGACAUCGUGCUUCGCACCAUGUUCAAGGGUCUAAAUGUUUUUCUGGUGGACGCCUGGCAGAUGUGCUUGGCGCACCAUGAACCUCACAACCUGCACCCUCCGAGGGUUAUUGUCAAGACCAUGGUAGACAUGAUGUUGUCCUACAUUUGACAAGAUGGGAGCAGGAACAAUGUAUGAAGUGAAUACAGUGGUGCCUCUACUUACAAACCUUUUGAGAUACGAACAGGAGUUUUGAUUGAUUGAACAUUUAUUGAUAAAAAAUCUGUAUCCCCUGCUGCAGGAGCGCGCACGCUUUGAGUGAAAGGCGGAAGACAGUACCAUCUUGAUUUCAGUAAAAUUAUGACAAACACACUUUUGUGUUUGUCAAGUUCAAUUUAUAGAACCUAGGUUGCGUUUUAUUUUUUUUGAGUUCUCGCUCACGUUCUGCGCCAGGUGCGUUCAAGACCACUCAUACAGUCAUAAAACUUAUUAAUUGUUCUAAAACAUUAAUGACGAGUACAUGAGCACAUUGCAGGGAGUACGUGGAAGCAUUUAGCAAUUAUUUAUUAGCCUGACCUUUUCUGUAUCUUGUUGGGGGUAUUUUUAGCAAGUGUAGAAAAGGAGAACAGGUUCCCCCUUCCCCAAGCAAAGUUAGGAUGUCAAGAAUGAAGUGAAAUAAUUUUUUUGUUGUAAAGAUAUAAAAAAGCAAAAG